AUGCCCGGGUUGCGCAGGGGGCCCCGCGGGGCGCUGGCGGCCGCCGCGGCGCUGGCCGCGUGGAGCUCGGCCCCCGCCGCCUUCACGGGCUCGGGCGCGCCCGCGCCCAGGGGCGGGCUCGUUCAGAGGAACGGCUACCGCCUGGACUGGAUGCUCGAGAAGAAGGACGGGACCAGCGACCUCCAGACGCAGGACGGCUACUGGGUCGGCGAGGUGGGCUUCGAGCGCUCCCAGGGCGCCCAGGGCCUCCGCUACCGCAUGCGGCCGACGAGGCAGGAGUUCCUGGAGGGCAAGGAGGUCGACAACCUCAUGUACGCCAUCGGCCCUGUCAAGUUCAGGGUCGGGGAGGCCUUCGGCGGAACGGGCAACAACGAGGCCAAUCGCCAGCUGAAGAGGAAGCUCGUGGCGGAGGACCUCACCGACCCCGCGAAGAUCGAGGAGAACAAGUACUGGAAAGCCCGCUACGGCUACGAGCGCUGGGACAUGGGUAACAUCGACCAGUCGACGGGCCUGGCCACCCAGUGGUUCCGUGGCCUGGCUGCCUGGUCUGGCCUCGACCCCAAGAAGGAGGAGCGCGGCGUGACCUGGUUCGAGGCCGACUGGGGCAAGCCGUGGCUCAAGAAGUACGUGGGCACGAAGCUCCCGGGCUGGGUGUCCGCUGCACAGGUCGAGAAGGAGUUCGACACGGGCAAGCUGAACGGCAAGUUCCUGAGCCUGCCCAAGCCCAACGACAACGCCAAGGCGACGGGCAUCGACGGCCCGGCCUCCAAGCUCAAGUGA